AUUUAGCGAUCUAGAAAUCAAGUAGAGCAUCAUCAUGGUAGAACUGGCCAAAGAAGAGGAGGCAACCACCGACUUCCAUCCGGCGCCCGUUUGGCUGGAUGAAGCCUAUUUGGAGCGCCUGCUCAGGGAUCUGAAGAAGGAUCCGGGUCUUAGGAUCACCGAACUGUUAAUCAAACCCGCCACUGCCAAGGGUGAUAACUAUGCUAGUGUAAUGACGCGCGUUAAGAUUUUGUAUUUGAAAAGUGGCGCUAAAAAUCCUGAAACUGAGUACUAUAUUGUGAAGACCACGUACGAGAAUGAUGCCUUUGCCUCGGGCAUAUUCUCCCAGUACCAGGUCAGCACUACGGAAAUGCGAAUGUACGAGAAGAUUUUGCCCCAGUUGACUGGACUCAUUGCGAAGACCAGCCAGCCGGAGAAGCUCUUUGCCGAGACUUUGCAUGUGGACUACGAGCAUGAGGCCAUCAUUUUUGAAGAUCUGGCGGUGGCGAAAUUUGAACUAGCUGAUCGACUUAUAGGCUUUGACCUGGAGCACACCCGUCUGGGUCUCCGAAAGCUGGCCAAGAUGCAUGCUGCUGCUGCUGUUUUAAACGAACGUCAGCCGGGUGUACUAACCAAAUUCGAUCAUGGCAUCUUCAAUCGCCAUACCCAGGGUUUUGCGCCCUUUUUUGUGAACACGGUGGGCGUGGCAGCGGAUUUUGCCAGCGAGAGUCCCCAAUUGGGUGAGCACUACGCCCGGAAACUGAAGGAUCUGCAGAAGCGAGUGAUGGAGUACUCUACGCGGGUCUACGAUCCACAGCCGGGGGAUUUUAAUACCCUGGUGCACGGUGACUAUUGGGUCAACAAUGUGAUGCUGCGGUAUGGGGAGCAGAAGGAACCGCUGGACAUGACCCUCAUCGACUUCCAGUUCUGCAGCUGGUCCUCGCCGGCAGUGGAUCUGCACUAUUUCUUCAACACCUCGGUGCAGACCGCCAUUCGGUAUGAGCAGCAGGACGCCCUGAUUCAGUAUUACCACUCGGUGUUGGUCGAAACGCUCAAGGAUCUCAACUUUGCUGGCUAUACGCCCACACUGAGGCAGUUUGUUCUGCAGCUGGAGAGGGGAAGAUUCUUUGCCGUCACUGUCUCACUGGUCUGCCAGGCCAUUUUGACCAACGAUCAGACCGCCGAUGCCGAUUUCCAUGCUUUAAUGAAGGAUGAUGAGCGCGGUCGCAACUUCCGGAAAGUGCUGUACACCAACAAGAGAUUGCAGGAUAAUCUCAAAUAUAUGCUGCCACGCUUCGAUCGGAGCGGUCUACUGGAUGUCACCGACUGAAGCCAUAAUCUCAUUAGAAUAACUAGUCCCCAUUUGAAAUGGAAAAUAUAUUAAAAAGAAAAUGAUUUAAUUACCUA